AUGAGCAUUGCAUGACUGUGUGAAAGGUAGUUUAACACGGAAGAGCUGCAAGAUAACAUCUGAGCGCAGAAGAGAGGAGCAAAAAAUACAGGAUUAAGAAAACUCACUCAAAGGAGCAACACUUUUUCAUCAUAAUGGAAAUCCAUGAUAUGUCCUCAAUGAAACUAACUAGUCGACCAGAGCUGUUUGAUUUUGAGGGAAUUUCUAUGACCCACUACUUCACUGACAACUGGGAAAAGGUGAAAAACUUUCAGGCAAGACCUGAUGACAUUCUAAUCGCCACUUACCCUAAAGCAGGUACCACCUGGGUUUCUUAUAUACUUGACCUUCUGUACUUUGGUAAUGAUGCUCCAGAGCGCCAGACUUCCCAGCCUAUUUAUAUGAGAGUGCCAUUCCUGGAGUCGUGUAUUCAAGGGAUACCAUCAGGAACACAACUGGCUGAUGAUCUGCCCACUUCUCCUCGCCUCAUCAAAACUCAUUUACCUGUUCAGCUUGUGCCUAAGUCCUUCUGGGAGCAGAACUCAAGGAUUGUAUAUGUAGCACGGAAUGCGAAAGACAAUGCAGUUUCCUAUUUUCAUUUUGAUCGAAUGAAUAUGGGAGAACCUGAACCAGGAGAUUGGAACACAUUCUUUCAGACAUUUAUGGAGGGAAAGAGAGUAUUCGGUCCUUGGUAUGACCAUGUCAGUGGAUGGUGGCAGAAAAAGCAAACAUAUUCUAACCUACUGUAUAUGUUCUUUGAGGAUAUGGUUGAGGACACAGGCCGUGAGGUGGCGCAUUUGUGUUCCUUCUUGGGUUUGUCCACUUCAGCUGAACAGAAGGAGAAAAUAACAAAAGGGGUUCAGUUUGAUGCCAUGAAACAUAACAAGAUGACAAACUAUUCUACAAUCCCAGUCAUGGACUUCAAGAUCUCACCCUUCAUGAGGAAAGGUAAAGUUGGAGACUGGAAAAACCAUUUCACUGUGGCACAAAAUGAACAGUUUGAUGAGGUCUACAAACAGAAGAUGAAGAACACCACUGUCAAGUUCCGCACUGAGAUAUAAAACUACAGUUCUGUAUAUUUACCCAGCAUAAGAGUUUAAUGAUAAAUAAAUAAUCAAAUGGCUAACAAAACUUUUGAAAAUCUACAUAUUUAAUUUGACAGAUGGUUUACAAUGAUUAAAAGACUUUUUUUUUAAAUACUAAGAAACGUAAUUUAACUUCAGUUCAUAUCAGUUUACACAGUGCAUUUUUUGUUUAAUUGUUUGUUCUUGUUUUACAUUUACAAAUGUGGAAAAAAGUUGAAUCAGUAAUAUUAAGCACUUUACACAAUAUUCAUUUUAACACAUUAUUCACAUUUUGUUUGUUGUGCUGUCAAUGCAGACUUCUGCUAUUUAAACACACUAACAAAUCAUUUAUUGAUUGUUUGUCCAUUUUUUCAUGUUUUUGCAGUACUCAAUUAUUGAAAUUACUUAUCAUUUGUAAAAGUUAUAAAUGUUUGCGAAUCAUUCUGUGCCUUUAUGGACAUUUGACUUUUAGCUACUGUAACAACAUUUGUGUUUAGGUAAAAACAUGAUAACACA